CGAGUGAUUGAUUCAGAAGUUCUUGUGGAUUCAUUUAUGACGCCGUCACUACACGCCACAUUUUCUGAACAUGCUCGUUUGUCUUUGAUUUGGGUUGAUACUAGCUGCCUGCAUGAAGUUCAUCAGAGUGGUACCCGUGAUCCUGAAAGUCUAAAGAUUAUAGAAUCAUCUGUUGCUGCACUUGAUGGAGCUGUGUUUUCAGUGGAUAGCAUCGUUUCUGUGUCUGGACCGUGGCUUUGUGGAAGAUUCAAGUCACGUUCUAACAUCCAAGACGAAGACUGCACCAAUGGAGAUAUCAGGACAAUUUCUAUGGCCUCCAUUUUGUCGGCGACCAGCGUGUUUAAAAAUUGUUUUCAGUCAAAGCCUAAACACCAUUGUGAAAAAAUACACGGCAGUCUUACUUUAUCUGAAGAAAGCAAGUCCACAGAACUGUUUUUAGAAUUAGUUCCAGCAGCAGACGAGCCUUCAUUACACAGGCAUGAAGAAACCGGUGACACCUCAAAUGAUGUCUUUCCAACUACUUUGGCAACAGCUCCUUCCAGCUCCUGUAAUGAUAGGAGCAUCAACAGCCGGCUGCAAAAUCCAAGAUUUUCGGUGAUAGCAAGUGUUGAGAAGACCACAGCACUGUCAUGGCUAGUGCAGCCCAGUAGAUCAUACAUUGUGUAUGAUGCACAGACACCACCGUUGUCCCAAUCAGUCACGUUGUGUGACUUGCUGCUGGAAAUGUCAAACUGUCAACAGAUUUUGGUUUUGCAAGUUCAAGAAGCUGAUUAUGUGUUGCCCAGUUUGGCAAUACUGGACCUGCAUACACUUGACUCAGCAUGUAUUUCCUUCCUUUCUAUUGGAUCAAGUUUGGAGGUUGAAAAAGCUGUGUUUCGGAAAUUUCAUAAUGUCAGCCCAACAUCUGAUGACACAGAAGAGAUGAAAGAACCUAUUGUUGGUGUGAAAGAUUUUAGAGUAUCUGACAUGAAGAGAAUCAACGUAAGGGAAAGUAAGGAAAGAACUAAGAACAUUGAGAUGCAUCUCGAUCACAUCAAAAGCAAGUGCAGCCUGCAUGAGUCCAGUAGAAAGAAAUCUGGUUGUGUUUCGCAAUCAUGGUACGACCCUCAAGUUCUCAAUCCCUGGCACAUAGCUGGCAGCACCAAAGGCUUGGUUUCUGUUAUUGAAAAACUAACUGCAAGCAUAGAUCAGCUAAAUUUUCUCACAUUGCCUGAGAAAGAGAUUUUGAUAAACAUCCAGCAACAGUACAGAAAAUGUAACCGACCAUUUAUUGUCCAAAAAGCAAAGACCGUGUCUGUUGAAGAGUCCAAAACUAGUGUCCCUGUUCCAUCGAGUGAUGUUGGUCAGCAGAAGUUGAGUCUGUGUAAACAAAAGUCUGGUCUGUUUCGAGGCGAGCUGAUGGUAAAACGAAGCAGAGCAGUUGUCAAAGAAGGUAAUAAAUUAGAGGAUAAACUGAACCAAACUGAUGGCAGUGGCACGGAUAAAGACAACUCAAGAUGUCUGCUGGAUGUACCAAAGAUGGAGUUUGCGAGUGAGGGAGAUCUCGGGCUGUACAUUGAGGACGUGUACAACAAGCUGGUGGAGAGUAGCGGCGGUCUGGAGUUCGGUGUUCAGACAAUAGUCACAGUCAGUCUGCACUUCAUGAAACACCACAGCACGGCACACCCAGAGAAAUCUUUGAUGGAUCUGUUCGGUAAAUACAUUCUGCUAUCAGCUGCAAUACUGCGGAACAAGUAUAAAGAGAACAUGUCCAGUGGAGACAAGAAUAACAAAAUCACAGAGUUUCAGCUGCAAAUCCUGCUCCGCCUUGAGUUAGAGUGUGCAGUGUUAGACACAGACAGUAACCGCACUGAGCAGGUUGUGGAAGAGGUCGUGGCUUUGCUCCGGUCGUUGUCAUUUAUAACAGAUUCUGGAUUUGUUCCUGCUUUUCUCAACAAAGAUCUUCUUACAAGCUACAGGUCUACACUGCCAAAGCUGCUAGUGAGCAUCUAUGAUGAGCUGAUGCAGCCGCUGCCUGACAUACUGGCAGGUUUCGGUUCACCAGAAUCCAGUUUAAACCUGUCCGUUCUCAAUCAGUCUGGUGCCAGCAGUCUCGCAGAUGAUGCUGUGUUGUCUGUGUCUCAACCAGUAUCCGACAAGUCUGACAUUCUGCAGUCACAGUCUUCCAGAAAUCUCAGGAGUCGAAAGUUGUCACAACACCCAAGUAUAGACUAUGGUGUGAAGAAACAGAUUGUGGUGAUAAAACCUAUGGCAAAUAAGAAGGAUAAGAAUCCAGCUCACAACAAGAGUGCUCAGCCGUGCACCAGAAGCAGGAAGGAGAAUGUUAAACGGAAGUCGGAGGUUGUGAAGGUUCGAAGGAACUUGUUUGAAAAAGAAAAGCCCAAACUGGAGAGAUGUCAGUCUGUUGCUGUGAUGGAGCAUGUUAAAAGGACUCCCAGAAAGAAAUCAUCAUUGUUUAAGAGUCCUCAGUCAUCAAAAUCACCAAGACUCCAGAAAAAAGUGGCUGAAACUCCAUCACAUAAACAGCUUUCUCAUGCUAUUUGGCGUAAGCAAGACGUUGAACGUAGGAGGGCCAAUUCACUAGAAGAUGUUCAGGUGGUGUCUGAAUCUCCAUUAAAAACUAGUCAAGGUAAUAUGAAUAAGUAUAGUCCAGCACGUAGUAAGCAUGCGGUCAACAUGCUUCGACGUUCAUUUUACUCGGCACAGCCAAGGAAUCGAUCUCGAAAUCUGACCAAAUUCUUGGAGCUUGCACACAAGAUAGGUGGAAGUCACAGCUUGUCAUUAGGUAACAGACUUUCUACUGGUAACAGUUCUGAUAAAAAGACCUCUCCAAACCAGUCCACCUUUCUGUUCUCUCAACUGCUGGGAAGUCCUUCUCCACGAGGCAAGACUCUUUUCGAAAACAAUCAAGCACAAUCUGUUGAGGAUUCUCCAUUCAAGAAUACGCGGUCUAAAACGCCUACCAAGACCAUUACCCGAAUGCUAUCGUUUGAUAGCCCACAGAAUAAAAUGACGAACCAACAGAAUAGUGAUUCCGUAGAUAAAACACCCAAAAUACCAUCCUCGGGGCAAGGUUUGUUGGCCAGUAGUGCAUUGAGAUCAUCUCCUCACAACAUGGUAUUAAAUCAACUUGAAAUUACUCCAACCAAAGUCAUCAGUAAAGCAUUUUCCUCAGGCAGAACAACACCAAAGAAAAUUGUUUCAUCAGACCAUGUAUGUGAGGAAAGUCCUGGUAGACAGCAGUUGUCAGAAGAAAAUGUUUUAUGUUCUUCAGUUCGUAUCACCAGAUCAAGGGCUGAUCUGAAUUCACCUGAAACACCAACGAAAUAUUUUCGAUCACCGUCGCAAUCGGUGAGUUAUGCAAACUCCCAUGGCUCACCCCAGAGACACAGUGUUGGGUCAUUCUUCAAGAGACUGGACUCCGAGCAUCAGUGUUCCAGCCCAUUCAAGUGUGCUUACCCUUCUCCAAAACGAUCAAAUAUGUCCUCCACACCUAAACGGGAAGAAACUAAUGCUGCUUGGUGUAGUUUGCAGUCAACUCCCAGAAGAUGUGGAAAAACUCAUGCCGAGUCUGUGAAAAGUCCAGUAACACCAUCGACAACUCCUAAGUCAUGCUUAUCUUCCCCGCAGAUUAAAUCUCUCUUCAGGGUGUCUCCCGAAAAAAGAGUUCAUUUUGGAAAGUCUGCAAUAAGCAGUCUUGUUGAUGACCAUUUGGGUAGAACUGAGUGUCUUAAAGAUACUUUACAGGAACAGAAUGAUAGCAAAAUGAGUGUUAAAAAUCAGCUUACCUCAUCACCUACAGCUACUGGAGCAGGAACCAGUCUUAGAACUCCAUCACCUUGUGGUAAACGCAAUGUGAAAACUCCGGAUUCCCUCGACAAGUGGCCAAGAAGGAAGAAGCGCUGGGUUUCCCCAUUGGAAAAAGGUUCUUCAUCUGUCCACACAGCGAAGGAACAGAUAACUUUAAGACCAUCUCUGCAAACUAAUCAGAGUGAUGGUUUUACUGCAGUGAUAUCCAGAUCAGAAGCAGACAGAAUGCAAAAGACUAGUUCAUCCAGAUCAAAGAAGAGAUCUCGCCAUUCUUCCCCAGCAUCUUCAGUGAAACGACAGCGGCUGUCAGUAGGAACUACUGAUUUGUUCAGUAAAAAUUCCAACGAGCACUCCCACAUGAUAUGUGACACUUCUAUCGAAGAUAGUGAGGACAAUUUUGAAGCAGACAUACCUUUUCAGUUGAAGUCAAUAGCAGGCUACUGUUCCACAGUAAGUGAUGAUGUGUUUUUAUCAGACAGCAGUGUGAUAUCUGACAAAUCAAGUUGCCAACAAACUGAACAUAGAGUUGGUUUUCGUCCUCAAGAAUUGUUUGAAACUUCAAAGACUAGAUCCCAUUGUGACCAGAACCUUGCAUCUGGAAGAUCCAGUUCACCUGUUUUCAAUACAAGUCCUCACAGACGAUUAUCACGGUCUCGGUCCAGUGCAGAAAUCAUUGGAGGUGAAAAUAAUAAUAAAUCAAGUUUGAUGUCUACAGGAAGUCAGGGCUUUGAAUGCAGUGUGAAGUCGUCACAAUCUAAACAAUUAGCUGGUGACGAUGCAGUGUCGUCUUCACCAAGAUUGAGAGGAAAUGGAAAUGUUUCUUGUGAUCAGCAUGAUAAAACACCUUUGACAUGCAACAUUUCCCCACAGCAUGUGAAGUUCUCUCCAUCUGUAUCGGCGAAGAGUUUGAUUCAUUUAAUGCACUCACCCCUGAUUCAGUCUCCACACUCCAAUGCUAGUAGUUCCGAGUCCGAUUGUCUUCGGUCACCAUCAUCCACAUGGAGGCAGAGGAAUGUAAUGAAGUCUAAGAAGAUGUUAAAUUUACAGAAUUAAGAGUCCAAGUCUUCACUGAUGGCUUGUGCUGCUUGUCUAAACUAAUCAAAAUGGUCGACCCUUGCCUAAUAUGGUUAAUAUAUAGUGAGUUCAUUUUCAAAACGCGAUGCAUGCCAAUUUUCAGAUGUUGGCGUUAGCAAUGAAGGUAUAUUGAUGCUAGUACAACUUGACAAUACCACAAACAACGUCUCCAUCAAACCGCGAUCGAUGCCCAUUGGACAAGAUCUGAAAACUGUGCUUCAUAUCAUGUAUGCUAUGGAAAGAAAUAAGGGAACACCUCGAAUUGUAGACCAAAUUUAAUUCACUACUAGCAUAGUAAUGUCUGUAUUUCAUACCAAGUGGUAAUGUGGGAUUGAAUGUCUGUAGUGUUGAAUGUGCUGCCUAUAUGUUCCCAGUCAACUUCUGACAAUAUGAAUUGAUUUUUGAUGCAGUUAUUAUUUCUUGUUGCUAUCUGUGUGAUCCUUUAUUUCUUUCCAUCAGUAUAUAUGUCAUAUUGCAGCAAAACUAUUUUUACCCCUCAAAAUGCCAUAGAGGAUUCGUCACGAGCCUCUAAAAAUACUAAUUAUCAUAGACUCAUUUGAUAUUUCCACAUUAAAAACCACGAGUAGCAAAUUCUGUUUAUCCUAUAACACUUCUAACAUAACAUUUUAAUUCAAUAUUUAAUAAAUCGAAGUUCUGAAAUCGCCUCACUGGUAAUAUGAUGUCAUCACGAUUAGCACAAAUGUAGUUUGAUGUCACACUUCAACAAAAUCUCAUCAAAACAUUACACUCGGGUAUACAAGUCUUGUUGGCUGUAAACAAAUAACCUGUUGACAACAAAACAUUUUAAUCAUAUUAAUAAUGGUUAAUAUCUAAUGGGUUUAUGACAUGGAUAUUAUGGGGAAGUUAUAGGAUAAAUGGAUAUAUCACAUUUUGGAAAUGAACUCGUCAUAUUUUUAUAAAUAGUGAUGAAACUUUGAACAAAAAAUACUUUAAUAAGCAAAUUGAAAUGGAGUUGGUUGACACAAAUUUGGAGUUCACAAAUGACCUAUUAAAGUUUAGAAUCUUUUAUGUAUAGGAGAACGAUGUACCUCAAUUGUAAAGUGCCUGUCUGAUGUGUGAUAGAUUGUAGGCAUUAUUUUCUUUUCCAGCAGUGCUCUAUGAUUGUUAUACUUAUGAAAAAAAGUUCCUGUGCACCAAUUAAAAUGGUAAAGCGCUCGCUUGAUGUCUGGUCGGUUGGCCCCAGUAGCAGUUGGUUGGCCCAUUCGGCUAUUUUUCGUCCCAGCCAGUGCACCACGACUGGUGGCCGUGGUAUGUACUACCCUGUCUGUGGGAUAGUGCAUAUAAAAAAUCCCUUGCUGCUAAUCGAAAAGAGUAGCCCAUGA